AUGGGUGGCAAAUUUAUGCAAAUAGCUCCUGCCAAGUUUCUCGACACCUUCGUUCCAAGGCCUGACCCGGCAAGGGCUCAGCCGAAGGCGGUGAAUUUCAACAGCGCCUUCGAAGGAAUGCCCGCGAACGACGUCCCUGAGAUCCAAUAUUACGAUGCAAUGGUGAAUUGCGUCAAUCGUGCAAGUCUCUGUCCAGGAUAUAGGCUGGUGCGUGUCGAUACCAAGGCAGACCUGGACGACAACAGCCGGUAUAAGGUGGAUGCCGCACUCUUUGACGUGCAAGCGCCGGUCCAUGACGGAAGGCCCCACUGGGCACUACAGCGGCUCUCUUUUGAGUUCAAACGACAUAGCACCCAGGACGAUCCCUUCGAGGACGACGGACCCGAGGAGGACGAAGAGGACGUCUGCGGUGCUACUGAGUCCAAAACUGGUCGACGCAGAAAAAACCGAGGUCAGAUCGUCUCGUACGCUGCGAUGAUGUUUGCUCGUCAACAGCGUUGCUUUGUGUUCACCGUUCUUCUACUUGGCGAUUGCGCUCGUAUCUUUCGCUGGGAUCGUGCAGGUGCUAUUGUGACGCACCGAUUCAACUACAAGAAUACAGACUAUCUCACUGAAUUCCUCUGGCGAUUCUCUCACUUAGAGGAACAGCAACAAGGUUACGACCUCUCCGCAGAACUGGUCGAACCUGGCUCGACAGACUACAAGCUCAUGAACGACAUGGCACAUAAGAAGCUACCUGUCAAUGACUACGCGAGGCAAUCUUUCGAGAAGUCCAUUGCCGAUCCUAGUUGGGCCCGAUGGAAGCUGCGCAUUGUGUCAGGCAUGGAACUCACCAACGUCAAUGCCACGAACGAGGACGAUGUGCGAUAUUUUCUAGUGGGAAAACCUCACUUCAAGGCGUUCGGAAUGGCAGGUCGUGGUACACGCGGCUACGUUGCGAUCGACUGCAAGGAGAAGAGAUUUGUAUUUCUCAAAGACGCAUGGCGCGUGAAUCUUCCUGGCAUAGAACAGGAGGGUACUGUCCUCGACCGCCUGAACAAUGUGAAAGUCACGAAAAUUCCGACCCUAGUGUGUCAUGGGGACGUUCCGGAGCAAGCCACAGUGACUCAGUCAUACUGGACACCCUCACAAGACGGUGAGAUGAAUCCAAUCAAGGGGCAUAUCCAUUACCGUCUGGUUGUGGUGGAGGUGUGUCGUCCGCUUUCCGAUUUUCGAGACGGUCAAGAGCUGGUGAAAGUUUUCCUCGACUGCAUCGAUGCGCACGAAGAAGCUAUGAAAUCGGCUGGAAUUAUCCAUCGUGACUUAAGCUUUGGCAACGUGCUCAUCUACGAACGCGGAGUUCGACAAGAUAUCGGUGGAGUGAAAAAGAAAAAGAUUGUACAUUGCGGGAUGCUCUGUGAUUGGGAGCUUUCAAAGCCGAUGCAUGAAGACAGCGAGAGACAGCCUGAUCGCACAGGCACUUGGCAGUUCAUGUCUACGCUCACUCUAGACUAUCCGGACAAGACCGUGGAUGUCCCAGAUGAGUUGGAAUCAUUCUUCCACGUCUUCCUGUUCACCGCCUUGCGCUAUACCAGAAGCAAUCUGGACAGAGCUGUUGGGCGCUUCAUGACGGAGUACUUUGACGCGGUAGGCUCUGAGGAUUGUCAUCACUACAUGUGUGGAGAGAAGAAACGACAAUGCAUGGAGCGUGGCAAACUCACAUACGGCCACGACGACGUCGUCUUUCAGCGCAAUGAUGGCUCGCCUGAUCACCCAUUCAAUCUCAUUAUCGAGACGAUCAUGCCAUGGCUCGCAGCUCACUACCACGUCACUCUACACGACCUGAAGCAAAUCAGGCCCCCACCUCCCAUUCCGCGACUACCUCUGGACAACCUGCCAGGGACAGAAGCAGCGAAGAGGAAGGGUACUGAUUCCUGUGAGGAGGUCGCGAACGUUGAAGAUCUGCCAGACGAAUUCUUCACCGACGAGUCGGAGAACGAGAAGCGGAAAGAAGAAGUUCGGAAGCUGCAGGUACAGAACAAGGGCGCCACCUCUAUCACCCUCCAAGCCGCCUCGUCGGAUCCGAGGAUUGAAUCCUUGAGGCCAAUUGCUGUCAACCUGAGUACCCACGAGAAGAUGUCCGCGUACUUGGCGGAGUUGUACUACAACAACGAACUGUGGGCGCACACAGAGAGGGCAGAGGACCAAAUCCCCCGUAACUACAGCUAUGCCAGGUUUCAACGACAAGAUCCUGUUUUCAUCGCACCUACAAGCCGGCCCACCAGUAAGCGCCCCCAUGACGACGAGGAUUCAGGACCGUCUUCAAUUUCCAGCAAGCGUCCCAGAACAUCCGAGUUCGCGAUCCCUCCCCCGCCACAUUUCUACCGCAAACGAAAUCCCCACACCUGCGACUCUCCGCCAUACCGCAAUGACGUUCCUACCGCCUUUCAGGGCAUCGCUUCGCCAGACGGGGUCCAAUCCAAAAACGUCGACGUUGACAUGGAUGCUCGAGGCGGGCAGCCUUCGUGUCCGAGUCUUAGAUUUUCAACUACCCCAUAUUGA